UCAAGGGCUUUUCAUCUGAACCAUUUCAGGUUUUCUUCUUGUCCAAGUUUGCUUGGCGUUGCUAUGGAACCGAGAAAUCGCGAUCCCAGUUGCUCGUCGAGCUCCCUGGACUCCACUGAGGAAGAGAUAUGUUUAUACACGAAGAUCAUAAGCACAGUAGCCUUAAAAGUUAAAAGAGAUGAGACAAUUAGCAAUCUCAAAGUACUGUUACGUGAAAAGGCAGGCAUUUCUGAGAAUCUUCAGGAGCUCUUUUUUGCUGGUAAUCGGCUGAUGAAUGAUCGGAGGCUAGGUGAUUAUGGUAUUCAGCAGGACUCCACUGUCCACCUUGUUCCUCAGAAUGCAUUUGAAACGAGAAUAUAUGUUAAAACACCUUUGGGUCAGAAAAUCAUUGCAAUUGAAGCAAGAUCUUUUGACACUAUCCAAAAUAUCAAAUCAAUCAUUCAAGCCAAGGAGGGGAUUCAAUCGGAUCGGUACACUCUUAUCCACAAUGGUAAAGUUCUUGAAGAUGAAAGGAUUCUAUCCUCACUCAAUAUUCCGAAUGAAACAAUCUUUCAUUUGGUUUUCAAUCCAAAAGAUGUCUUACCAAUUUUUGUGAGAACAUUGGCUGGGGAGAUGUUGAAACUUGAAGUUAAAGUUUUGUUUGCCAUUCGUGAUGUCAAAACAAUAGUUGAGAGCAUGACUGAUGUCUUAAACAUUGAUUGGGAUCUGAUCUAUGCUGGAAAGAAACUCGAGGAUUGCAAGACUUUGGCUUCUUAUGACAUACAAGAAGAAACCAUCUUAGAGAUGUUUCCUGCCUUGAUCCAGAUAUUUGUUAUUGCACGGGGUGGGAAGACCAUUACUCUUGAUGUACAACCAUGUAACACCAUCAAAGAUGUCAAGGACAAGGUUUCUCAGAAACAGACUGGUGUCCAGGACAAUGAUUGGGAUCUGAUAUAUGCAGGAAAGCAACUUGAGGAUCGGAGGACUUUGGCUUCUUAUGACAUAAAAGAGGAAUCCAUCUUAGAGAUGUUUCCAGCCUUGGUCCAGAUAUUUGUUAUUGCACGGGGUGGGAAGACCAUUACUCUUGAUGUCCAACUAUGUAAUACCAUCAAAGAUGUCAAGGACAAGGUUUCUCAGAAACAGACUGGUGUCUUGGACAAUGAUUGGCAUCUGAUCUAUGCAGGAAAGAAACUUGAGUAUUGGAGGACUUUGGCUUCUUAUGACAUAAAAGAAGAAGCCGUCUUAGAGAUGUCUCGUGCCUCGUUCCCAAUAUUUGUCAAGUUAUGGAGUGGGAAGACCACUAAUUUUAUUGUACAAGGAUGUAACACCAUCAAAUAUGUCAAGGACGAGCUUUUUCAGAGACUGAAUAUUCCUGUUCAUCGUCAGUGCAUUUUAUUCAAUGGGAAACGACUUGAAGACAACCGUGAUCUAGCAAGUUAUGGUGUCCAGAUUGAUUCCACUCUCCAUAUGAUCCUCCGGCCUAUUGUGAAUCAUUCAGAUACAUGAUAUUUGAAAAACUAUACCAAACUGUACCUCCAUUCGUAUUUUGAGGACUGAUUGAGAAAAAACUGCAAGCUCCCUCAUAGGUAGUAUGCUUCGAUGGAGUAGCAUUGCAGGAUGACCGUUACCGGCGCAUUACAGGAGAAAUAGAGACCAAGAUAUGCUACACAUCUUUCCCUUAUUCUUCUCUCAUUUUUCUACUUUCCAAUGAUGAUUUUAAAAAGUAGAAAGAUGAGAAGACAAGGGAAGGAAAUGAAGCAAUUUCCUUCUCUAUAAUAUGGUGGAAGUGUCUUCCUUACUAGUUUUUUAGACGUGAUGCCAACUACAAAUAUAUAUAUAAUCUUUAUUGGUUGAUGA